ACGAGGCCUGAGCUGCGGGCGUUUUUUCUGCCCGCGGUGUCUCAGAUUCAUUCCUAAGGAACUGAGAACUUAAUCUUCCAAAAUGUCAAAAAGACCAUCUUAUGCCCCACCUCCCACCCCAGCUCCUGCAACACAAAUGCCCAGCACAACAGGAUUUGUGGGAUACAAUCCAUAUAGUCAUCUCACCUACAACAACUACAGGCUGGGAGGGAACCCAGGCACCAACAGCCGGGUCAUGGCAUCCUCUGGUAUUAUGAUUCCAAAAGCCCCCAAACCACCAGAUAAGCUGCUGAUGCCCUACAUGAGGUACAGCAGAAAGGUCUGGGACCAACUAAAAGCUUCCAACCCUGACCUAAAGUUGUGGGAGAUUGGCAAGAUUAUGGGUGGCAUGUGGCGAGAUCUCACUGAUGAAGAAAAACAAUAUUUAAACGAAUACGAAGCAGAAAAGAUAGAGUACAAGGACUCUGUGAAGGCCUAUCAUAAUUCCCCCACAUACCUUGCUUACAUAAAUGCAAAAAGUCGUGCAGAAGCUGCUUUAGAGGAAGAAAGUCGACAGAGACAGUCUCGCAUGGAGAAAGGAGAACCGUACAUGAGCAUUCAGCCUGCUGAAGAUCCAGAUGAUUAUGAUGAUGGCUUCUCCAUGAAGCCUACAGUCACUGCCCGUUUCCAGAGAAACCACCGCCUCAUCAGUGAAAUCCAGAGUGUGGUGCCAGACGUCCGGUCAGUUGUCACAACAGCUAGAAUGCAGGUCCUCAAACGACAGCUCCAGCCCUUAAUGGUUUAUCAGCGAAAACUAGAAGCUGAACUUCUUCAAAUAGAGGAGCGACACCAGGAAAAGAAGAGGAGAUUCCUGGAAAGCACAGAUUCAUUGAACAAUGCACUUAAAAGUUUGUGCGGUUUGAAAGUAGAAGUGGAUAUGGAAAAAACUGCCGCUGAAAUUGCACAGGCAGAGGAACAGGCUUGAAAAAGGCAGGAGCAAAGAGAGAAAGCAGCAGCAGAGCAAGCUGAACGAGUUCCUGAGGAAGAGCAAGCUGCUAGUAAGACCGAGGAGAAGAAGGAGGACGAGAGCAUCCCGAUGAGGACAGAGGAGACACACCUUGAAGAAGCGACGGAAAGCCAACAGAAUGGUGAAGAAGGCACAUCUACUCCUGAGGACAAGGAGAGCGGGCAGGAGGGGGUGGACAGUAUGGCUGAGGAAGGGACCAGUGACAGUAACGCUGGCUCAGAGAGCCGCGGGGCCACAGUGGAGGAGCCGCCCGCAGACCCCACACCGGAAGACGAGAAGAAAGAAUAA